AUGGCAGUUGAAACGUGGCCUGCUUCUUUGAAACAAUAUGUACAAGAUGUAUUUGCAAAUUGUUUACUAGAAAAAAGAGACGAAGCAGAAACACAAUUACGGAAUCUUAUUAUAGAAAGUCAUAAAGCAGGUACAUUACUAACAACAGACUGGAGUGAAAUGGAUUUACCAAGUAAAAAAAAUAUUUUCCAACCACAAAAUAAUAUAUUGCAACAGAAAGUAUCAACAGAAGAAGAAGCAAAAAGAUUAAAACGUUUGAGACGUUUUGAGGAAGAUGCAGCACAAUUUAGAGCAGAAAAUGUAUCAACUCCACUAAGCUCAAUGAGUUUGGAUGGAAAUAAUAAUGAGACUGUUGUAGGCACAUGCAGAAAACUCGAAAAGCAUUAUUUACGGUUAACUUCAGCACCAGAUCCUGCUACAGUAAGACCUUUAGAAGUCUUAGAACAAACUUUAGAAUUGUUAAAGGAUAAGUGGAAAAAUGAACAAAAUUACACUUAUAUUUGUGAUCAGUUUAAAUCUAUGCGUCAAGAUUUAACAGUUCAACGCAUUAAAAAUGAAUUUACAGUGCAAGUUUAUGAAAUACAUGCACGUAUAGCACUAGAAAAAAGUGAUUUAGGUGAAUAUAAUCAAUGUCAAACACAGUUAAAAGCAUUAUAUGAAAGUGGUAUUCGUGGCCAUGUCAUGGAAUUUACUGCGUAUCGUAUUUUAUACUUUUUGCAUACACAGAAUUGGGCAGACGUAAAUGCAGCAAUGGCAAAUUUAACAUUAGAGCAAAAGCAAAAUGAAUUUGUUCAGCAUGCAUUAAAGGUUCGUUCUUCACUUGCAACUGCGAAUUAUCAUCAAUUCUUUAUACUGUAUAAAACAGCACCUAAUAUGGGGGGAUAUUUAAUGGACCAUUUUUGUGAAAGAGAGCGUGUUCAAUCUUUAAUUACAUUAUGCAGAGCUUGUCGACCUACUAUUCAGCUAAAUUUCAUUCAAAGUGAAUUAGCAUUUGAUUCAGAAGAGGAUGUGAUUAAAUUCCUUCAGGAACAGAAUGCUAAUUAUUUGAAAGAAGUUAAUGGUGACAAAUAUUUGGAUGCAAAACCGGCUUAUGCUGCGUUACUAGAAAGCUCAAAAAAGUAUAAAAAGAUCGACAUUAAAGGACAGGUGUAUUAG